UUUCCUUUUUCUGCAGAUUUUGAUGACUCUAUUAAUUUUUGGAGAGUUCCAUCCAGUCAAAGCCAAUCUCCAAGUUCUCAGUCAACAUCUGAUACUAUGAUCCUUUCUGCCUCACCGUCAAUGGGGAGCGUUGAUGAGCUGCAGGCCCGUGCCCCGCUAACAUCAGCUUGUUUUGUCCCUGAAACACCAGUUGACCGGCUUAUGGCUCAAGGUCAGAGUGACACUACCACAACAGCAACUCCACGUGAUUCUCCCCAGCCUGAUGUUCCAUCUAACCAGUGUGCUCUAGUCACACCUCCUCUCCUGUCAGCUGUAUGCAGCCUGCUGGGCAACCUGCUGGUGAUUGUUCCAAAGGACACUGGAAUUGCUCUUCGACAAGCACACUUACUAACACCUCUCAGUAGUCUUGUAAAUGCUAGGUUGGUUGAAAGAUGUAUGUUGGAAUUGAAAGCUCCUCUGCCUCAUCCAUGUCACACUGAACAUACAAAAGUUCAGGUUUUAUUCCUACUUCAGUACUUGUCUUCAGUAUCCAGGCUUCUACAGUCAUGUUUAUUGGUAGACACUCACCUUGUGAUCCAGGAUGAGCUAAUGAAACCUCUUUUGGGAAAUACCUUAAUGAUCCUCUCCGUUCGCUCUCUGGAUGGCUUGGAUACUGAGUUAACAUCUGCGGUUCACCAAACAUGGACAGACUUGUUUAGCCUUCUGGCUAUGCUGUUAAGGAAAAGUGGCCAAGUCACUCUUCCAUCUGUGACAGCAGCUCUUGGAAAACAUUGGACUGCAAUAAUUGAUAAAAUUUGUGACUGUGUGCAUCUAUCUACCACAUGUCCCAGUUUAUAUAUGGGCAGUUUGCAGUUCCUCUCCAUUCUCUUAGCUGAAGAGGGGAAAAGGCAGCUCCAAGAUAAACAGAAUAUUUGCCCCAACCCAACAAUUACUUUUCUUCUAGAUGAAGCGGAAAGAGGUUUGGCAUCAGGGGCCAAACUUAAUGAAUUAAUAAUUCAGAGCUAUGAAGGAAAAUCCUCUAAAGAUGUGCUGAAGCGAGUUGCUGCAGGUGCUUUACUGUCCCUGUUGGCUGUCAGUAAAAGUGCCCAGAAGUGUGCUUUGGAAGCUAACCUUAUAGACAGCUGCAUGGAACAAAUGAAGCACAUUCAUGCACAGCUGAACUUAGAAUCCCUAAGGCCUGGAAAAACAGCACAGAAAAAAAAGGAGGAUAAUCUUAUAAGGGAACUAAGGGUUGUUCUGCAGCUCCUAAGAAACUGCCUCUUUCGAAAUGAAGAAUGCAAAGUGGCAGCACUCGAGGCUCAUCUUGUCCCUGUCCUCCACUCUCUGUGGCCAUGGUUUAUAAUGGAUGACUCCUUAAUGCAAAUCGCUCUUCAUUUGCUUUGUGUCUACACUGCAAAUUAUCCCACAGGCUGUGGUUCUCUUUGCUGGGCAAGCAGUGGACUGUCUCCAUUUCAGACUGCACAGAGAAGCGCAAGCAGCAACUCGCUAAUACACAGCAUUAUCAAGUUAGCUUCCCGAACACUAACUGAGAACAGCGCAAUUCAGCGUAUGGUCUUUACUCUUCUUUCCAACCUUGCUAUUUCUCAUGACUGCAAAGGUGUUAUUCAAAAGAGUAACUUCUUACAGAACUUUUUGUCUCUGUCAUUGCCAAAAGGAGAAAAUAAAAGCCUUACUACAUUGGCUAGCCAUUGGCUAAAGCUGCUAUUGAAUAUAUCCUUUGGAGAAGAUGGACAGCAGAUGAUCAUGAAGCUAAAUGGUGGUUUAGACCAGCUGUUGGAGAUGAGCAAAUACAAACACAAGAGUAGUCACCAUAUAGUCCUCCUUAUUCUGCACAACAUCUGCUUUAGUCCAACUAACAAGCCCAAGAUACUUGCUAAUGAUAAAGCUAUUGCAGUGCUAUCUGCUUGUUUAGAAAGUGACAGCCUCACUGCUCAGAGAAUAGGAGCAGCUGCACUUUGGUCUUUGCUCCACAAUUAUCAGAAGGCAAAAGUGACUUUGAAGAAUCCAUCAACAAAGAGAAGAGUAGAUGAGGCUUAUUCUUUAGUAACGAAAACUCUUUCACAGCCAGAAGGAAACCAGCUAAAAGUCUAUCACUUGAAAUGUCUAGAGAAUCUAGUGAGACUUCUCAAUAGUUAAUGACUGUUGGUGAUUUGUCAUGUUGAAGGUGGAUUGCUUACUCCAUGGAAGACUGGAAUUUAAAGAAAAGAUUUCUAAUCCUGAGAUUUGUGGAGGCAUCAUGUCACAGAAAAAAUGUACUACGUCUCUGGGAAGGGAGUUGAUCACCUAACACCAAAGAAAGAAUAUAGGUUAUGGUUGAAACAGCAUAUACUGUAUUCCCAAUGGGAAAUUGUGGUGAUACUGCAUCUGGGAAAUGCAAAAGGAGAAUGAGAACAUGGGGGGUAGGGGGAGAGGAAGAAAGAGUUUAAGAAAUUAAUAAUUUUAUUAAAUUAUGUGUUGAAAUUAUUACUGGAAAAUAUUAGUGGUUGGUUUGAGCCCAUCUAAAUAAAGUUUUUUAUUAA